UAGAUAAUGCACAUUUAACGUUUUGAAAUCCAAACAAGACAGGUUGUCACAUAAAGCUUAAAUUGAACGUGUGACUUUGGGCAGCAAAGAUUACCUCAUUAGCUAUGUCAUCAACGGAUAGGAAACGAUUCUAUUUUAUUUUUGCUGUUGCUUCUUGCGCUUUGAUUUUUGUGGUUCACAAACAAAGGUAUUAUUUCACGUUCCAAACAACCUUUUUCGGAUCAGAAUUUAAUGACUUGAGAGCAGCAGAAAAUGAAACAAGGCCGCACAUUUUACUGAUUAUUGCAGACGACUUAGGAUAUAAUGACGUAGGAUACCAUGGAUCUCGAGUCAAAACUCCAAAUAUAGACAAGCUAGCGUUGUCUGGUGUUAGACUAGAAAACUACUAUGUUCAGCCAAUUUGUACGCCUACAAGAGGUCAACUUCUCACCGGAAGACAUCAGAUAUACACAGGGUUACAAUGGGUACUUUGGCCAUCUACACCAUUAGGACUAGACUUGGAUAGCACCACGAUUGCCGAUAAGCUGAAAGAGGCUGGUUAUGCUACACAUAUUGUUGGAAAGUGGCAUGUUGGCUUUUACAAAAAAGAAUAUUUACCUACGAAUCGGGGUUUCGAAACUUUCUUUGGUUUCCAAUCUGGUCACUCCAAUUAUUUUACCCAUGAAACUGUUGACGAAAACAUGAAAGGAUACGAUUUGAUGGAAAAUGACAAACCAGCUAAUAUCUCGAAGUAUCUUGGUGUAUAUUCGACCAAUCUCUUUACCGACAGAGUGAAAAGUAUCAUUCAUACUCACGAUAAAUCAAAGCCAUUAUUUGUUUAUCUCUCGUAUCAAGCUGUUCACGGACCAAUUCAGGUGCCUGAUCAAUAUGUUGACCUGUACGACAAUACUACAAGCCUAAAACGCAGAAAACAUGCAGGACAAGUAUCAUGUAUGGAUGAUGGUAUUGGAAGUGUUGUCGAGUCUUUAAAGCAAAGUGGAAUGUGGGAUAACACUGUGCUUAUUUUCACAACCGAUAAUGGAGGCCAAUUAAAUGAAGGGAGUAGCAAUUACCCGUUGAAAGGUGGGAAAGGAUCAAUAUGGGAAGGGGGUAUACGUGCUGCUGGCUUUGUGACUAGUGUGUUGCUGAAUGACAAGGUCAAGGGCUCUGUUUCCAAGGAACUUAUGCAUGUGACAGACUGGUUUCCAACACUUAUAAAUCUAGCUGGAGGAAAUUUAAAUGUUACUAAACCUUUAGAUGGAUUCGACCAAUGGAAAUCAAUUAAUGGACUGGAGAGAACACCCCGUUCAGAAAUCCUCAUUGACAUCAAGCCCAUUAAUAAAGAAAAAAAUGUUGACAAAUAUGAUAACAUAUUUAAUUCGACGGUACGAACAGGAAUCAGGACUGGGCGAUGGAAACUUAUAACUAGUAAAAUAGGUAACAACGGAACUAAAGAAAAGCCUGUCUGGUUAUUUGAUAUAGUAAAAGACCCAGUUGAAAGACAUAACUUGGCCAAUAAGUUUCCAGAACGAGUGGAAAGCAUGCUUCAAAGAGUUGAAUUUUAUCGUCAAAGAAUGGUUCCUUGCCCACUGCCUCCCCGAGACAAACGGGCAAACCCAAAGAAGCGGUCAGGUUUCUGGUUACCAUGGUUAUAAUUCAAACAUUAUGUUCCUAAUUGACCUAUAUAUAGUAUGUGUUUAAACAACGAACUGAUUAUUUACUAAUAAUAAAUCUUACUUAUCUUA